UAGGGUUCCUGGGAAGUGAGUUCCAGAGUAGAAAUGGAGGCGUAUCUCAGCAAGCGCUAUGGCGCCGUGAAGGACAGCUUCGAUCUCAAGCCCAAGAAGGCGAAGAAGAAGAAGAAGAAGAAGGAUCCGGCACCGGCGAGCGCGGGUAAGGGCAAAUUCCAGGGCGUGAUGAUCGUGGACGACGACGCAGAGUGGCAGAAGAAGCUCAACGAUUCCGACGAGGGCGAGGAGGAGGCCCCGACGAUCGUGGAGGAGGACGACGAGGUAACGCGGGUCAAGCGAAUGGAUCUCCUGCGGCGAAGGACUUAUCUCGCCAUUGGCGACGAUGGCAGCGGCUGGGUGGAUGUUACUUCAGGGAAGAAAUGCGCGGACGAUUUGUCUCCGGCUCGGGGCCCUCGCCGGGCUCGUCUGGACACGCCGGAUCAUUCUCCAGCUCGGGAAGAUCUAUCUCCUCCUCGCCGGACUCGUCAGGACACGCCAGACGGAACUCCAGCUCGUGAAGAUUUAUCUCCUCCUCGCCGCUCUCGAUCUCGUGAAGACUUGUCUCCUCCACGACGAAGGCGCGACCAGGAGGACCUAACACCACCUCGACGUACUCGUCAGGGCACUCCAGAUUUGUCUCCAGCACGACGGUCUCGAGGUGGUGGAUCUCCUGCUCGGGGUGGAGACGAGGAUUUAUCGCCACCUCGUAGAACGGACUUAUCUCCUCCUCGUCGAAGCAGGCAAGCAGAACUCCAACAAGAUUUAUCUCCUCUUCGGCGGAGAGACGCAUCAGAGAGUCCUCCUCGUCGAAGAAGGAGCCAGGCAGAGGCAGAAGAUUUAUCUCCGCCACGGAGGCGGCGGCGGCGGGGGUCUGAGAGUCCUCGUGGAAGGAACCAGGCAGAAGAAGUAGUAGAUUUAUCUCCCCCCCGUCGGAGACAGCGGAGAGACACCGAGGACUUAUCCCCGCCACGCCGGAGCAAAGCUGGCGGCGACGACUUAUCUCCACCCCGUCGUAGGCAGCGGACAGACACUGAGGACUUAUCCCCGCCACGCCGAAGGAGUGGAAGCGACUUAUCUCCUCGUCGCAAAGCUGGCGCCGGUGACUUAUCUCCACCCCGUCACAGGCCACGGACAGACACAUCUCCACCCCGUCGCAGGGAGGACUUGUCUCCUCCUCGCCGGAGGAGUGGAAGCGACUUAUCUCCGCCUCGUCGCAAAGCUGGCGGCAGUGACUUAUCUCCACCCCGUCGCAGGCAGCGGACAGAUACCGAGGACUUAUCUCCGCCUCGCCGGAAGAGUGGAAGGGACUUGUCUCCUCCUCGUCGCAAAGGUGGCGGCGGGGACUUAUCUCCUCGUCGAAGCCGGGGAGAAGAUCUAUCUCCGCCUCAUCGUCGGAGCACCAGCGACCUCUCACCACCACGCCGUGGCCGGGUUGACGACGCCUCGGACAAGGCCAAGGCCGGGCUCAAGACAGGCUCGGAGCUCCGGCACGAGAUAACCGAGAAGCAGUCCCAGGACGCGAGGAGAUUCAAGCAGCUCGACUCGACGCUCACGGGGCGUGGUGCCGAGACGGUAUACAGGGACAAGCACGGGCGGAGGCUGGCGGGGCUGGAGGAGCUGAUGAAGCAGCAGAAAGGCCCUGCCAAGGAGCCGGAGAAGCCGCUCGAGUGGGGGACGGGGCUGGCGCAGAAGAGGGAGGCCGAGAAGCGGCGGGAGGAGAUCGAGGCCGAGAAAGACAAGCCUUUCGCUCGCAGCAAGGACGAUCUGGACGCCAUCUACAAGAACAGAGUGCGCUGGGGGGAUCCCAUGGCUCAUCUGGUGAAGCAGACGGACGAGGUACUGCUGGGGCUGGAAGACUUUGGCAGGAGCGACAAGAUGAGGGAGUCCGGGUUUAACGUUCCGCAGGGAGUGCCGGCGCAUAGCUGGCUCAAGCGCGGCCACGCCGCGACGCCAAACCGGUAUAACAUCCGGCCGGGGAGGCACUGGGAUGGCGUGGAUCGCAGCAAUGGGUUUGAGGAGAAGCUGUUCAAGCAGCAGAACGAGAAGAAGGCGAUGGUGGACACGGCGUAUCUGUGGUCUGUUGCGGAUAUGUGAUGGUUUCAUCUGUGGUAACAUGAACGAAAAUCUGAAAAGUCUGUUUAGAAGCGACCAAUUUUUGGUUUGGUUAACCAAACCAGUGGAAUAUGCUUGAAUAUUCUGGGAUAUCUUACCUUAGAUUAAUUUUAUAUUUAUAAAACACUUUCUGGUA